GGGAGGGGGAGUGUGUGAGUGAGUCUGGUCUGGUCUGGUCCUGGACUCCUGCUGCGGUACGGUCUCCUCCCCCUCCCCUCCCUCCUCCUUCUGGCUCCUUCAUCCUAGCGACCUGGUGGUGCAAUACGACCAAUGAAGGCUGAUGCUCGUCCCCGACCAGCGCUUCUCUUCCAUUUCUUUCUGGCAACUUGUUGGAAAGGACCGUCUGGACUGUUUCGCCCAUUGCUGGACUUUUUGGAUCCUCUUCCAAACGCACUCUGUCUCGAGCCCACAACUUUUUCUUCUCACUUCAGCUACACCUCGAUUCAAAGCACAGCAUUCAAGCGGAAGGGUAAAAAAAAGUUGAAUCCGGCCUGGACCUCGACAGCCCUGUUGAUCAUCAGUCGACUAACCCCAAGGCAUCCUGACCGUUCAACACCACCACCACCACCACACUCACCACAUGCUGUCGGCUGGUCCAGCUCGGAGCUACUAGGUACACCCGCCCACAGACACACCCCUGCCGAAUUGCUGCUCCUCCCCAAAAUAAUAUUAUUUCUCGCCCGGAGGCUUGUCUUUGCGACUCACUUUCUACCUAUCCAUUUGCCUACCACCGUCGAACAAUAACACACGAUACCACCGCGUCUACAGAUCACUACACUUUCACGAUA